CACUUCCUCCUUGCUUUCUUCUGUGAUAGUGCAGAUUGUGGAAGGCCAGGCUGGGUGCUCGUUCAACCUGGAGGCUUCACCUGAUCCGCCCCUCCCCCCGUAACUCUUCGUGUGGUUUCAGAUCAAAGGCGUGGCGGGGGACGGAGGAGUUCGACUUUUCCUUUAUCGCUUUGUAAAGACGAAUCUGGCUCCACGAGGAGGCUUUUGGAAAUCAUGGGAGUCACCUGUGUUUCUCAGAUGCCAGUGGCAGAAGGGAAGAGUGUCCAGCAGACAGUGGAAAUCCUAACGAGAAAACUGGAACUGCUUGGAGCAGAGAAACAGGGAACUUUUGGUGUGGACUGUGAAACCUACCACACUGCACCCUCCACAAUGGGCAACCAAGGGCAGGCUGCCAAGCUGAUGUACGUGAUGCACAAUUCCGAAUAUCCCCUCAGCUGUUUUGCUCUCUUUGAAAAUGGCCCCUGCCUCAUAGCAGAUGCCAACUUCGAUGUCCUUAUGGUGAAACUGAAAGGCUUCUUUCAAAAUGCCAAAGGGAACAAGAUAGAAAGCCGGGGCACCCGGUACCAGUACUGUGAUUUCUUGGUGAAGAUUGGCACUGUUACCAUGGGUCCCAGUGCCCGUGGAAUAUCUGUAGAGGUAGAAUACUGUCCAUGUGUGGUAGCCAAUGACUGCUGGAACCUGUUGAUGGAAUUCAUGCAAAGCUUCAUGGGAAGUCAUGCUCCUGGAAUCCCUUCUGUGUUCAGCAACAAGCAUGACAGCAUUUACAGUCCAGCUGACACAAUGAUUCAGUACAUGGAACUCUUCAACAAGAUUCGCAAGCAGCAGCAGAUGCCAGUUGCAGGGAUCAGAUGAGGCUGCUCCUUGCCUAUUUUCAAGCUAGCAACUGUUUGCUUGAUAGUCAUAUCACAUCCCAGUACUCCAGGUUACUAUUUUCUCUCUACAUCAAAGGACAGUCCUGCUUCUUUAGAGGAAUAAAAUUAAUUGUAUCUCAUCCUGUUACUUCACACAUGAGUGAUAUUUGCUUACUGUGCUUUGAUGGCUCAAUAAAUACACCUACCUUGGGUUCUUCAAGCAACAGUCUUGCAAAAAAAUGGAAACAAAGACAAAUUACUUGCAGAAAUGCACAGGUUCUAAUUGGGUGCAGGUGGAAGAAUGGGCUUUGAUUAUAUUUACUGUGCUUGGUGGUAAACAUGAGAUAUCUGUCUGAAUGUGAAAGCCCUUUACUACUAGUUUUAAUAAAAAUAUUUUUAUAUGAUACUAUGAA